UGCGCCGAGCCCGGCACCGGCGAGCCCGCCCUCCCGGAUGACCCAUCUGGCGUCCAGUCUCCUAGCAACGACGCUAGACUCCUCCAACCGCUCUUGCCCUCCGCACGCGCCACCAUCUACCUACAAGCCCCCUGUAGGCGGCCAGUAAAGCCCCUAUACACCCCUCAAACUCCAGACCCUCCACUUCGAUUUACUUUCGUCUUCUAUGCCACCCCAACAAUUUGCUCUGAAUCAACCCCUUUCCUUUGUCCCCCAAUUCUCUGAGCUUCUCUAUCCUCAUACCAUCCUGGGGCUCCAUUCCUCCAUUCCCAGGGGCUGUCCAAGCUGCUCUGCUCCUCUUCGUUCAAAUCCCUCCCCAAGCCAGCAGCUUUUAGAUCAUGCCUGGAGGUGAGUAGAUAAGCCUGCCCAGAGUCCAGAGGAAGGCGGUGUGUGCAUUACUGAAGCCCUUAUCACGAAGCGGAACUUGGCCUUCCCUGAGGAUGAGGACCUGUCAGAGAAGAUGUUCCACACGCUUGCUGAACUGCAGACUGUCCGCCUGGACCGGGAGGGAAUUACCACUAUCAGGAACCUAGAGGGCUUCCAGAAUCUUCACAGCCUCUAUCUGCAAGGGAAUAAGAUCGAGCGAAUUGAGAACCUGGCCUGUGUCCCCUCCUUACGCUUCCUGUCUCUGGCAGGAAACCGAAUCAGGCAGGUGGAAAACCUCCGCGACCUCCCACACCUCCAGUUUCUGGACCUUUCUGAGAACCUGAUAGAAAUACUGAAGCUGGAUGAAUUCCCCGAGAGCCUUCUCAUCCUCAACCUGACUGGAAACAGCUGCACCAACCAGGAGAGCUACAGGAGGCUGGUGACAGAAGGCCUGCCACUGCUCCUGGACCUAGACGGGCAGCCUGUGGCAGAGCGCUGGACCUCGGAUGAGGAGGAUCAAGCCUCAAGCAAUGAGGACGAGGAGUUCCCAGAGCUGAGAGGCCCGUUCUGCUCAGAGCGAGGUGACCCUGCUUUCCAAGGCUCGCAGCAUCCCCAGAGCACACCCCUGCCUGCCCUGUGGGAUCUGAGAGAAGCUAAGACAGCGGUGGUGUCUGGGGACGUGGUCCCAGGGCCAGACCAGUCUGGGCAUGCAGGCUUCCUCAAGGAGCUGGAGCAGGAGACGAGCAGGCACCGGGAGCACAGGCAGCAGACAGCCCUGCUGGAGCACCUACUGAGGGUGGAGAUGCGGCCCGCCCUCACCGACCUCCCACCGCUGCCAGGGGCGCCCAUGGCCGGGAACAGCAGCCCUUCCGUCCCUCCCAGGCAAGGGAAGGAGACAUCCCCGGAGCCCGUCUCCUUGCCACAAGCCUCCUCUGCCACCAAGAAACCAUGCCUUCCGGCUUCCAGGAGCCAACAAAGCACUGUUCGGGCAGGGAAGGGGGCCCCCAGCACGACCAAAACUGUGACCGAAAAAAUCAAGAAGUGAAGCGCAGCCCAUCGCUACCAGCAAAGCCCCAGGAACACGGACGAGCGAAGACUGGAGUGGGUCUCCCCUCCCCCUCAAAGCCCUCGCCUGUGACAGGAGCCUGU